AUGAUAAAUAUUGUUUUUCAAUUGAGAUUAUCGCGAAACUUGAACUGCCUAUUUCAAAGCUGGAUCAUAGUGCUGUGUGUUCUACAAGGAAUGCCGUUGCUGAAAACCGACAUGAUAUCGUUCAAAGAUAACAGUGACAUGAUCUUUCGGACAGCAUUCUUCCUGUUAUCGCCUCACAUUCCGGGCGACAAAAAUUCGCUGCCAGGCAGUAGUAACGAGGGUAGUGAUAACCAAAAUAGUGUAUCCAGUGGUAGCGGUGCCAAUGGCAGUAGUGAUAGCAGCGAAGUUGAUUCUUCUACAUUUGAUUUCGAUAGUGAAAGCGAAGACUUGCUGAAAUACUACAAGACGCCAAUGCAGUUCGGAACGGAAAACUCUACGGCGGUGACUUCGCAAGUUGGCUCGACAGCACACAUACCGUGCCGGAUUCAUCACAUAGGGGAAGGAGUAGUGUCGUGGAUUAGACGAAAAGACUACCAUCUACUCACCGUUGGGCUGACGACCUACAGUAGCGACGAACGGUUCAGUGCCACACACCUGCAAAAUUCCGAGGAUUGGACGUUGCAGAUAAAAUUCGUACAGGACCGGGAUGCCGGAUGGUACGAAUGCCAGGUCUCAACGCAUCCGCCGACCUCAAUCUUUCUGGAGCUGCGCGUCGUAGAAGCUCGCGCGGAAAUAGUUGGUCCACAAGUGAAAUAUUUGACACCAGAUUCCACAUUAAAGUUAAUAUGUCGAGUAGUACAGAGCACUGAAGCCUCUGCGUUUAUUUUCUGGUAUCACAACAACCGAAUGAUCAACUACGAUGUCGAUAGAGGAAUAAACGUUUCUACCGAAGCAGAUUUCCACUAUUCGGAGCUGACCAUCAAUCAUGCAACCAAGGACCACUCGGGGAAUUACACGUGUGUUCCAAGUAAUUCGCAACCGGCUAGCGUGGUGGUGCACAUCUUCAAAGGUGACCACCCCGCUGCAAUGUAUCACGAACAUCGCAGUUCGUCAGUAACACCCUAUCGAGAUAAAAUGUUAUUCAACUGGGUGCUAUUCGUAGGGUUUGCAUUGUGUUGGAAAAAAAUUCAUUAG